ACUAAUCUUUUCCAUUUUGAUUGUCUUUUUUGUCUACUCAAGUCUCAAUUUGCUCAUAUUGAAGUCAUAUGUUUUCCUGCUGAAAUUUCCCUUAUGUAGCUGAAGCUUAUCUCAAACUUUUGUAUCUGAAGCUUAUCUCACACUGUUUGUGCCAAGCCAAGCCCGGACAUCUUCAACCAACAUUUGAAGAUCCUACUGGUCCGAAACCAUGAAAUUGGCUUCAAUUAUCCACCAUAACAGCCUCCGAGCCUCACCUUUGGCCUUCACCAAUGGUUCCUUCAGAAAUUAUCCAGUCUACCCAAUCCAUCCGAACUCAAUACGGCAUCGGGCUCAAUUUGCUCAUUCUUACUCCCCAACACCAUUGUUAGCUGGCUCUGAACGGAGGUGUAAUUCAAGAAUUUUAUGCUCAAGAAAAACUGAACAAGGAGAACAGUUGUCUACAUCAGGGAAGGACAUGUCUCAUCAACAAUCAGUUGACAGUGUCAACCAUGACGGGUCUGAGAAUCAUUUAUCUUCUGUUAGGACGGUAGCUCUAUGUGUGUUGUCAGCAGUAGUGUUUGGUGCUGGUUUGGGUUACAUGGGUGGAGCUGAAAAGGCAUAUGAGUUUUUUGCUGGGUAUAUCCUAGAGCAGAGCUUGUCAGUUGACAACUUGUUUGUCUUUAUUUUGAUAUUCAAGUAUUUUGAAGUGCCCCUGAUGUAUCAGAAUCGAGUGCUUUCAUAUGGGAUUGCUGGAGCAAUAAUAUUCCGAUUGUCUAUCAUACUACUUGGGACAGCAACUCUUCAGAAAUUUGAGGCAGUUAAUCUACCAUUGGCGGGGCUACUCCUAUACUCAUCAUUCAAGUUGUUUGCUGAAGAAGAUGGAGAUACUGAUCUUUCUGAAAACUUCAUAGUAAAGACUUGCCAGAGAUUUAUUCCCAUAACCUCUAAAUAUGACGGUGAUCGAUUCAUAACAGUUCAGGAUGGCAUUUGGAAAGCGUCACACAUUUUGGACAGGCUACACCUUUACUCCUUACAGUGGCCGUAAUUGAACUCAGUGAUAUUGCAUUUGCUGUUGAUUCUAUACCAGCUGUUUUUGGUGUUACCAGAGACCCUUUCAUAGUUUUCACUUCUAAUAUUUUUGCCAUUUUAGGUUUAAGGUCAUUAUACACACUCAUUUCUGGAAGUAUGUCUGAAUUGGAGUAUUUACAGCCUGCAAUUGGUGCUGUUUUGGGCUUUAUUGGGUGUAAGAUGAUUCUGGAUUUCUUUGGAUUCCAUGUUACUACCGAGGCGUCUCUUGCCGUUGUAGCCACCUGUCUCAGCGGUGGGGUGUUGUUAAGUCUUGCCAAGGGGAAGUCCGAUUAGAGCAUGGCGUAUUUGUUCAAGCCGAUUGGUGUACUCCCAGAGAAUUUUCCUGAAGAACUGUGAGCUGGAGGGGAUCAAUGCAGGCUAAGACGACAAGAAACUUCAAACUUGUUCCCACAUCUCAUCCCUAAUAUGUUAGUUUAAUUAAUCAUGGACACUCUGUGUAAAGCUCAUGCCUUAUGGCAAUCUUCUACCACAGUACAUUCACUACAAUCAAAGCUUACUCAUUCGGAAUGUGUGCUCAUUAAUUGUUCAUUGUAUGUAAUUUCGCAUUUAUUGGUGUAAAGAAACAUUAUUGAUGAAGCUUUAAUUUUCCACCUAUAAAG